AUGUCGGCCACUUCUCAGCCAAAAUCGUUUAAUGAUAUCCUGCGCUACCAUACCAGUUUCCUUGUCAAUCCUCUCCUGUGGACUUCUCACCAUCUUGAUCUAGUGGGAUGUCGAUUCGAGGAUGUCGGGACUACCCAUGUCUAUGCAGAAUCUCCUCAAAACGACCAGAGGAACAAUGAUCAUCCAAAGCCUUGCCAGAAUACAGCAAGCGACGCUGAAGGACUUGCUAGAAAUAUCUCCCCUCCCGCGAAGCGUGAUCAUCUCAUCAACAUUUUAGUGGGCAAGGAGCGUCCUUUUUCAUUCUUUAGCAUUAAAGGAGCGCCAUUUUAUUUUCAAGGUCGGUUUAUUCACAGACCAAACUAUAUCAUGUUUCAUCGUCGCAAUGAACCCGCGGAACACAUCCACAAUAGCCCACCCCCGUUGGUAGGCUAUGUACAUUACACAAGCGUCAACGGAUCUCGCGGCAGGCGGUUUAUGGCUUGCCCGGGUCCAAGGGGCACGCUGAACCACAUUGUAGGGCGUAUCUACAAUAAGCGACUAGCUCAGAUAACCCCAAAGGAAUGGACCGAAGAUCCAUAUUUCAUAUGUCACUUAUUGGCUCUUGCGCAGCUUCAAGAGCGCAAGCUCAAUUUGCCAAAACCAACUACUUACAUAUCGCGUCUUCUCGUGACCCACAUAUUUGAGAGGGAAUACAUGCUUUUAUACGAGGCCCAAAUCACCACCGAGCUUCUGAAUGGACUUAGGAAUCCGAAGGAUGCAACAAGCCCCAUGGAAUGGCCUAUCAUUCGACGGAUGAAAAUCCCAUACAAGCCUUAUGUUACCUUCGCCGACCGACUCGCUGCCGAGCUUGUGGCACCCGGUCCGUUAGCUUCCCGGGAUCUUUCCAAUCCAUCAGAUGAUAUGAAUGAUAGCAAUGAGCACAGUAUGAAACGACCACACGAAAAAGAGGACGCCGAGCGACUUGUUGCCGAGGGUGUGGAGCCCAGUUCCUUACCCUACCGCGAUCUUCCUAAUACGUCAAAUGACGUGAAUGAUGUCAAUGAACAUAAUAUGAAACGAUCUCACGAACAAGAAGACUACGGACCAUGCAAGACAAGGCGAAUUUGA